AGGAUCCGCUCGCAGAACAUCGUGCCCUGCACCGUGUCCCAGCUGCUGGCAGCCGAGCAGGUCGACGAGACCUUCCGGAUCCGCGACGUGGAGAUCUCCCAGGUCACCAUCAUGGGGAUAAUUCGGCACGCCGAGAAGGCACCGACAAACAUCCUCUACAAAGUGGACGACAUGACGGCAGCCCCGAUGGAUGUCAGGCAGUGGGUCGAUACCGAUGAGGCAGGUAGCGAGAAUGUUGUGGUACCUCCAGGAACUUACGUAAAAGUAGCUGGUCAUCUUCGGUCUUUCCAGAAUAAGAAAAGCUUGGUGGCAUUUAAGAUCAUGCCUCUGGAAAAUAUGAAUGAAUUCACCACACAUAUACUAGAGAUUGUGAAUGCACAUAUGAUCCUCAGAAAAAAUCUUAUGUCGGCAUCGAGAGUGCCUCAGUCGUUUUCCUCUGCUGGGAUCAGUGACAUGGGGGGCUACGGAGGAGGUGGCAGCCUGCCAGUGAAUGGACUCACAGCGCAUCAGAGUCAGGUGCUGAACUUGAUUAAAAACUGCCCUGUCCCAGAAGGUAUGAGCCUUCAAGAGUUGAAACAUCAGCUCCACAAUAUGAGCAUGGCAACGAUCAAGCAAGCCGUUGAAUUCCUUAGUAGUGAGGGACACAUCUACUCCACUGUGGAUGAUGAUCACUAUAAGUCAACAGAUGCUGAGUGAAGUUACUUGCAGCUGGAUUUGGUUCUAAGCUUGUCCAUGUAUUGAGUUAUCCUGCCAAGCUUUGCAAUCUGGAAGGUGAUCUUUGCUCUUUCUAGCCCGUGAAAGUCCCCGUUACUCUGUGGGUGCCUCCUU